UCCUAUUUGUUUCUGUUGCUAAGGUGAACCCAGGAUUUGAUAGCAAAUUUGGUAUCACUACUUUCGAAAGUCCGUUUACAUCACGCGAGAAAGCACUAAAGCAGAUUCAAGGCAUAUACGGAACCCGGAAGCUUGAUCUAGGAUUAUGAUGAUCUGUAACCCUUUUUAAACAUUUUGUAAAAAUGCUACAUUAUAAAGAUAGAUAAUUUAUAUUUUAUAUUUCCAUAAUGUAAGUAACUUUCCUACUCAUGAAUAAAAAAAAUUAAUAUACAUGUAAGCCUGAAUGUCAAUGAAAUGACCGAUACUCGCUUUAUCGUAACGUUGCGUAAUUGGCGCCAUAAUUCAGUAUGACAAUAUCAAGCGACAUUAUCAGUUGAUUUGAGGUGCUUGUUAUCACGGAAAUAUUAUUUAUACCUAAAAAAAUGUCUAAGAAUCAAUUUAACAAUGUUACGCAUUGUAUUUUUGAUAUGGAUGGAUUAUUGCUUGUAAUGAAUAAAGUCUCAAUGGCAAUUAUUAUGAAAUAUGAGGAAUAUAAAUUAAAAUACUCCAUGCAUCUAUAUGAGCGGAUUCUACUAUCAAUGAAAAGGUUAAAAAAGCACUCAUCAUGCAUACAGAAAAGCUUUACUCGGAUGCGUUUAAUCGCAUAACAAAUCGCUAUGGAAAAGAAUUUACAUGGGAGCAUAAAGCACAAACUAUGGGUUUCAAAACUACAGCAGUCGCAGAAGCUGUAGUUGAAAUGUUGUCCUUACCUCUAACGGUAGACGAAUUUCAAAGCGAGAUAAUUAAAAUAUACGAAGAAAUAUUUCCAUCUGCAAACCUAAUGCCGGGUGCGGAACGGCUGCUAACGCAUCUGAAACAAAACAAUAUUCCAUUUGCAUUAGCUACGAGUUCGAGUAAAGAAAAUUUUGAAUUGAAAACUCAAAGAUGGACAGAGGUAUUUAAUUUAUUUAACCAUAAAGUACUCGGCGGUUCUGAUCCUGAUGUUGUUCACGGUAAACCAGCACCAGAUAUUUUUUUGAUUGCCGCAAAGCGUUUUCCCGAUAAUCCUAAUCCCUCAAAGUGUCUUGUGUUCGAGGAUGCUCCAAAUGGAGUAAAAGCUGCUCUUAGCGCUGGAAUGCAGGUUGUCAUGGUUCCGGAUCCACAAUUACCAAAACGUUAUAUUGAAAAUCCAACAUUGGUAAUAAAUAGCCUUGAGGAAUUUAAGCCUGAAAUGUUUGGUUUGCCAUCAUAUAGUACGUAACAUGUGAGAUGUAUAUGUCUGACAAAUAUAUAGUUCAUAAAAAAAGUAAUAGUUCAAUGUUCCAACAGUUAGAUUAACAUUAAAGCAUUAACAUUUAUAAAGGAAAAAGGAAACUGAUGAAGUAUAUAUUUGUUAAAAAUAUAAAUUGUGAAUUUAUCUUGUUACAUUAUUUAUUUUUACUAGAAAUAUACAAAAAUAAAGUAAACUUAAAUGUUCCUUAUGGCUUGUAAAACAGUUCAAAUAAAAUGUCUUUAAAACCAUUA